AGAAACUCCUGCUGCUAUUGCUUUCUACUAUCUACUGGGGGAUUUGCACCUCUCUCUCCCUUUGCCGAAAUCCCAACUGCAAAAUCUUCUCCCUCCGCCGGUCUGUCCUCUUUUCUCCUCGUCCACUCCAAACCAAUUCGUCCGAUCGUCUGAAUCGAUGAGGAUCAGAAAGCGAUCUGUGCCGCUGCCUUUCACUUCCCUAUGCCCCGUCAGUCUACCAGAUCCCCAAGUCCCCAUGCUACCACUACCAGCAGAGGCACAACGGGAGCAAAACGCACAGGCACGACGAGAUGCUGCAGCCAUGGAGGGAGAGAGAGAAACAAUGGGGUUGCACCCAAAUGAAGAUCGCUCCCUAGAAGCAGAGAACGUCCAUCUGAAUCGGCCUCCAAGUUCCCCCAAUCAAACCCUGUCGGAGGUGGUGGGGGUGAAGGAGGAAGAGAAUCGACCCCGCUCAGAGUUGCAACUGGUAAUGAAAAGGAGAAGGGGUGGUUGGAUUUGCUCCGAUGCCGCCGAUAGACACCACCAGCAAACCAAGAAAGAAUAUUGCAUGCGCCCCAUUAAUGGAACCCCGGUCAACGAGGAAAUCGAUCUUCAAAGAGAAGAGAAGAAAGAUGGAAGAAGUUGGAGCUCUGAGAUUAACACUAUCAGAAAGGGAAGUAGUUUGGGUUCAGAAGCCGGUGAUGGAAUUUCGCUGCUUCCAUCUUCCUCCGAUCAAGAGGUUGGGAGAUGGUGUGAGGGAGAGAAAGCGUUUCCACUGAAGAAGAGAAGAGGGAGACUCGGGCGAACAGCAGGCGGCGGAACGAUAAUGGAGAACGAGAAUAAGAUGAAGGCUACUAACCUGAAAACCAAGACGAACAAGAAAUGGGUUAAGCUAGAAGACGAAGAUGAUGAAGAAGAAGCAGAAGAUCAAGAAGAACAAGAACAAGGAACAAUACCGAAGCAGCAAGGAGUCAAUGGUAAUAACAAUACUAACGUGAAGAAGAGAGGGAGUGGUGGUGGGGUGAUCAUGGAGGGCUCGAGGUGCAGUCGUGUUAAUGGGAGGGGAUGGCGUUGCUGCCAACAAACACUCGUCGGUUACUCUUUGUGCGAGCACCACUUGGGUAAAGGAAGACUUAGAAGCAUGAGCAGCGUCCGCGGCCGUGCCUCCGCCGGUGCUAAGAAAGGACGACCAUCGUCAUCGUCGGCAGAGAAACAAUCGGAUGAAACCUUGCCAGGUGAUGGGGAGGUCGAAGAUUAUGAAAAGCCAUUGAUGAUCACAAAGAAAAGAAAGAAGAUCGGUGUGGUUAAAGCUCGAUCCAUAAGCAGCUUGCUUGGCCAAACACAAAACUGAACAAUUCAUGGUUUUGAAGCUAAUGCAUAAGUAAAUACUUGAUCUAGUAUCUCUGUACUAUUCUGUUUUCCUUCUCUUUCUGUCCAAUGCAUUUCGUUUUCUCUUUUCUUUCUGGGUGUGAAGAAGGAGAAAGAGAGAUCUUUUUUUCAAAUUUGUUAAGACGAUUAAGGUUAGAUCAGAUGAGGAGAUAGACAAUGUUUAGUUUAAUCCAGUCACCGAUUAAUAGAUGGUUGGUUAGACUGAUGGGUUUUCAAGGAUUCAACCGAUCAAGGGAAACUCAAAUUGGAUACAAUUAAUUGUUUGUAUGGAUAAGAAUAUUUGUUGA